AUGAAGCGGAGUCUGGAUAUUUCGGAGACAAAAGCCGAGAUAAACGCAGAUGAACUUCGUCUGGCGCAAAUGGGUCAUACCCAAGAACUGAAUCGACAUUUCAGUACCCUGAGUCUGAUCGGCCUGGCCUCUACGACAACCAUAUCAUGGACGGGAUUGGGUUUAGGUCUCAUCACCGAGAUUGGAGCUGGAGGUCCUGGCGCGGUUAUCUACGGCUUCAUCCUCGUCACAAUUCUGCAAUGUUUCCUUGGAGCUUCGCUCGCUGAGUUUGUGUCGUCUUACCCUACCGAGGGCGGCAUGUAUCAUUGGAUUGCGGCUGUGGCUCCAAGACGAGCGACUGGCAUUCUGAGCUUCCUGACGGGUUGGUUCAGUGUUCUCGGCUGGAUCUUCACCACUGCAUCCACCAACAUCAUCUAUGCACAAAUCCUCAUGGCAUUGGUCGCUCUGUACAUAUCCGACCUCGAGAUCAAGGCCUGGCAGACUUUUAUCGUCUACCAAGGCUUGAACUUACUCACCGCUGCCGUUGUCAUGUUUGGCAACAAGAUCAUCCCUGCCUUGAACAAGUUCUCGCUUUUCUACCUACAGAUCGGCUGGCUCGUUGUGCUGGUCACUGUCGUUGCGUGCGCCCCGACACAUCGUGAUCCCGAAUUUGUUUUCAGGACUUGGAUCAACACGACUGGGUGGAACAAUAAUGCCAUCUGCUUCAUCACUGGCCUGGUGAAUCCUCUGUACUCUCUUGGCGGCCUCGAUGGUGUGACGCAUAUUACGGAAGAGAUGCCCAACCCUUCGAAGAAUGCUCCCCUAGCCAUCGCUAUUACCUUGGUCAUCGCGUUCUGCACUGGUCUCACGUAUCUCAUCAGUCUCAUGUUUUCGAUUCAGGACUUCGACCAGCUGACAUCCGGCAACACCGGCAUGCCGCUUGCAGAGCUGUUCCGCCAGGUAACCCAGAAGACUGGCGGUGCGUUCGGUCUUUUGUUCAUCCUGUUCAUUGCUCUCGGUCCAUGCGUGAUCAGCUCUCAGCUCAGCACUGGCCGAAUCUUCUGGGCCUUCUCCCGCGAUGGAGCCAUCCCUCUUUCCAAGCUGGUCCAAGGUCCACCCAAGACUCAAGAUCCCUUUCAAUUCACAGCUUGCAGUCACGGCAGUCAUUGCUGCUCUGGGUUGUUUGUAUCUUGGCUCAUCGACCGCAUUCAACUCUCUGCUCGGCACGGCCGUCACUAUCAACAAUAUUUCCUACAUGUUCCCAAUUCUCACCAACCUGCUGACCGGCAGGAAGAACAUGCACAAGGGUGUGUUCCACAUGGGUCCAACCAUAGGUCCCAUUGUCAACACCGUGACAGUUUGCUGGUUAACGUUUGCCAUCAUCUUCUUCUCCUUCCCUUACGUUAUGCCAGUCGAGGUUGCAAAUAUGAACUACACCUGCGUCGUCGUCGGUGGCCUGGCAAUCCUAAUUGGCGCAUGGUGGUUGAAGGCUGGUAA